AGUUCAACUUCAUCACAUUAUCUUUUAAACACUCACCACUUCUGAGAAAAAAUGUCCUCUAACCAAUAUGUGUCUUCAAAGAAUCGUCUUUUUGAACGUUUGCAAGAACUUGACAUUAGUUUAUUCUACCCUGAAACUUUUAUAUAUGGAGUCCAAUUCUUUAUACAGGAAUUCAAAUUCCUCGAUAUUUUUCUCAGCUUGCAGAUCUUCACUGAUGAACCAAACAGUAUGCUAGAUGUCACUCACAAAGUCCAAGCUCUGUUUCAAGAUGCUCUACUUGACUUUUCUGAAUUACAUCUAGCUGAGUACUUUGAUUUUUGUACCUUUAAGUUACAAAAUGAAAUUUGGUUGAUUAAGAGGGAAAUUAGAUCCAAAUAUUCCUUUCCUAAAAUAUCAUCCUUACCACUUUCAGCCAACAAGGAUGGUAUUGAUAUUCGCAAAUUUGUGACGGAAUUCAUGGAUACUGUGGUGGAGAAUCUUCGUGAUCUAGUGAAGAUUUAUGUUCGCUGUACGUUUCUUAUUGUCCCCGAAACAAUAAUGAAACUUAUAGAUGUUGCGGAAGCCAAAUGUAUAUAG